AUGCAUCCAUCGCUGAGCGCAGGUAACAAGGACAGGGAAGAGCUCUCCCCGGCGACCCCGUCACUGGCUUGUACGUGUCCCAGGACCCUAGGUGGAACGAAAACCCGCAUGUCCGGAGCGACGAGCCAAGGGGUGGAGCCGAGAUUGAGUCAGUCUCGACAUGGUCCCAGUGUCAAAGGCGACCGACCACCCGCUUGGAGCAAGUUGCGCACAAGUUUGGCUCCUCAGCAUUGGGCCAAAGACUGA